AUGGGUAGAGUAAAGCUAAAGAUUAAGCGAAUGGAAAAUACCAAUGGUCUUCUAGCAACCUAUGCUAAAAGAAAGAAUAGAAUCAUGAAGAAAGCCGCUGAAUAUUGGACUGACCUUGGUACGAGCAAUAGUGUUGAACAAUUGGGUCAAAUGGAAAAUUCACUCAAGGAAUCACUUAAUCAAAUUAGAAGUCAUAAGGAAAAUAUACAAAAGCAAGAAUUUGCAUCACUACAAUGCAAUAACCAGUUCAAUGAAAUGCAUGUUCCAUUCAGAAUGGAUGUUCAACAACAUCUUCAACCUCUGUCAUGGAUUACUAAUGGUGAUAACCAAAAUCUAGUUCUAUCCGAGGACUCAAACUUGCUUCUUCAUGAAGAUAUAGAGGGCUCGACAAGCUAUUCUUUUAGGAGUUAUGCCAAUGAUCAUGGCUCAAGUACCAAAACACAUAUUUCAAUUUCUAAGCAAGAAAAUGGUAUUCUUAGUGACUUGUGA